AUGUCUUAUGUUCGUAAUCACUGCACUAAAACGAGACAUCCUGUUUCGGAAAGCAUUGGCCCUCUGCGCUUUGCCCCUCCUCAGUGGCCUGAGCCGUUCACAGGAAUCAGGCAGGCAAUCAGUUAUGGACCUGCGUGCCCACAACAACCCGCAGUUACACCAGAUGUACUACCAAUUACUGUUCCCACUGUCCCUGCGCCAUCGAACCAAUCUGAAGACUGCUUGUAUCUUAACGUGAUUAAGCCAGUUUCUGCUGUCCAAGGGGACAAUCUCCCAGUACUCUUUUAUAUUUUUGGGGGAGGGUUUGAAACGGGAGACAGCUCGUUUAACCCAGGUAAUACAAUCGUGAAUCGCUCUGUCCAGUUGGAUCAGCCAGUCAUCUUCGUGUCUAUCAAUUAUCGCCUCACGGCUUUCGGCUUCAUCGCAGGCGAGGAGAUUCAAAAGGCAGGUGCGAGUAACCUAGGCAUUCGAGAUCAACGAUUGGCCAUGCAAUGGGUCAAUCGCUAUAUUAGUGCUUUUGGUGGGGACCCCAACAAAGUGAUCAUAUGGGGAGAAAGUGCCGGCGCUCUGUCUGUUGGACUUCACAUGGUCAUCAACAACGGUGACCCAGGAGGCCUUUAUAGAGGUGCAUUUAUGGAGUCCGGUUCUCCGUAUGCGCUGCGCAACUACACAGCGGGGCAGCCAUUUUAUAACAUGCUCGUUGAGAGCACAGGGUGUUCAGGGGAGACGGACACCUUGGCUUGUCUGAGACAGGUACCAUUUCGGGAACUAUGGGCGGCCGUCAACGCUACUCCCAGUAUCAUCAACUACACAAGCCUUAAUUUCGCGUGGCAGCCGCGUCUAGACGGAGAUUUGUUUUCGCAGAACCCAAUGCGGUCAGUCUCCGAGGGUAGCUACGCGAAGGUGCCGAUGGUUACUGGAGAUUGCGACGACGAGGGGACAGUAUUCUCUCUCGGUAACAUCAAUGUGACAACAGAUGCUGAAUUUCUAGCGUACAUACAUCAGAACUAUCUCCCUUUGGCGUCUUCUGCAGAUAUAGCAGAUGUGGCGACGGCCUACCCCGAAGACCCUAUAUACGGUUCUCCGUUCGGUACUGGGGAUCUUUACAAUAUUACUCCCGAAUACAAGCGUAUGGCGGCGUUCCAAGGCGACUGGGAAUUCCAGUCCCCACGCAGGUAUUUCCUGGAAGUGGCCUCAAAGACGCAAGACGCAUGGGCAUUUUUGUCCAGGCGAAUGAAGUCCACUCCAUACCUAGGAUCUUUCCAUUCAUCAGAUCUGCCAGAAUUCUUCACGGAUGUCGAUUUCAUUGGUGUAGACAGCCUCAUUAAUUUUGCCACGAAUCUCAAUCCGAAUGCGCCGCCGCAGCUGUGCCCGAACAUUAGCUAUCUCUCCAAAAUCAGCUGGGAACAGUGGGCCACGGAUGCUUUGGAGCCUCCGCUUCUCACGUUUCAAGACCCAGCACCUUCGGUAAAUAUUACUGCCGACACGUACCGUAAGGCACCGAUGGCUUUGCUCAGCAAUCUGGCUUUGCAAUUUCCGUAG